ACCUUCAUUCGUGUGUGAAACCUUCACAGCGGGACACUGAAGAGGUUCAACCUCAACGGCAGCAGAAGAAGAAGAAGAAACGAAUCGGGGAUUGAUUGACUCUUCAAGAAGACCCGACUCUCCUGCCGGCGAUUACUCACUCCCAAGGGCUCACUGCUCAGGCGGUGACUUGAGAUGGGACGUUCUGACGAUGCCCUUGGAAUCCCGGUGUUCGCCUCCUCCGAUCCGCCACUGCUUUCAGGCAGCAGCAGAAACAGCAGCAGCGACCGUAACAGCAGCUGCACUUUGGACUCUUGAGUGUGUAGGAGGGCGUACCUCCAUGCUGUGGCACAGCAGGUCCCCUUUCGUCGGCGCCAGCGGGAGCCAACAGAGCCGCUUCCGCCCGGCGCCGCCCAAUGCCCCUCGGACAGGAUUCAUGGUCAACAUUAUGUUUGCCCUGGUGUUGCUGCCCGCCCUCGUCGUCCCCAUUGCAGGGGGCCAGGGUGAACUAUGCGUUGUGGAAACUCCCUUGAAGACUCAGUAUUUCACUCCUGUGGUCGAGACCUUGGCCCAGUGUCAUGGAUGCCGUUUUCCAGCCCACACACCAACCCCAGAAACCCCCAAGCACACACCUCCUAUUAGACAAGUCCAUAUUGUGCAUGUGGAGGAUCCAGAGGGUGGUGCAGUGGAGGUGGUCAUGGAGGGCAGUAAAUUCAACUCAAAGGAGCCUCCAGCUCAACCUCCUCCACCAGGGGGAUCUUCAAGAAUUGCCCUCGUCCUCUUUUCCUCCAGAGAAAGAGGGGCACCUGUUGUGUUUACAGUCACAGCUCAGGGGCUGGCCAAUGAUACUAAACAUGUAUUCUUGGUAAGUGGUGAAGAUGAGGUGCGAGGUAGUAAUUUGAGGUACAGCAUUGCCCACAAACAGCGACCCACUAAGGAAAAUUUAAUAUCAAGUAUUGAACACAAGUUUGGCUUUGUAUCUUCAUACACCAGGGUCCCCAAGGCCAACAAGAUUAUUCUACAACUCCCAGCAGAUGAUGAAACUGGCCCAGGUUGUGAUGCAAAUGUUGCAGACACCAGUCCUACAGCUGAUUGUUUCAUCUCAAUAGAGCAACCAGUUGAUGGCUGCUACCAUCAUAAUAUGCUGGGUGAAAAUGACAGGGACAUCCACAUUAUUGAAGUUGACGGAAGUAGCAAUAGCAAUGGGAGUCUAGUAUUGUCAGUUGUUGGCAGCAGUGAUGGAGGUACCAGGGCAAUUGGAAUGGCAGGUGGCAAUGGGUUUGUUGUAGAGAGAAACAUCACGCUUGUGUUACGUACUUCAAGACCCACUACUUGGUCCCUCCAUGCAGCCAACAUUCAAGGAACUAUCACCUUGCUUGUGGGAGGUGGUGACCAAGUCGAGAAUACCUCGGUGCCUGGACCAGGAGUGAUUGUUGAGGUUCGGCGACUUGACGUCCCAGCAACAUUUGAUCAGCUAAUUUUGACAGUGCUUACAAAUGUCGGGCCUCCAGUAUCUUACACACGAACAACUAGCCCCAAUAAAAUUACCAUAACUGUUCCACCCAGGAAUGAAAAACACAUUGUGCUGCCACCGUACAUACCAGAAUAUGAACAAACAACAGUAUAUGGUGAAGAUCGUGCAGCUGUGAUCAAUGGAGCGUUAUCGGUUAGUUGUGAUAGUUCCUCGAUGACUGUAGCCAUUCCGCGGAGAAUAUCCAGUCAAGUAGGAGGUAUAUCCAUGUCCUUAUCGGACCAUUCUUGUCUUGGCGUUAUGAAUGAAACUCAUAUAUAUAUCACAGAGCGGUUUGAGAAGUGCAAGUUCAAACGGAGGAUGUCCACCUACCAGACAACUUACACAAAUCAUGUUCAUAUUGGCAUAGGACCGAGUAUUAGUGAUGAUGAGGAUUUUGAUGGAUCUGGCUAUGGUUCAAAUGAUGACGAUGAUUAUUACGUUGCUCAGAUUAAAGUUCAGUGUCAGGUUGGACCGAGAAUCGUAUAUCCCGAAGCACCAUCAACUCGAAAAACAAACACAGAGCCAGCAGCUGGAGCCACCUAUAAGAUGGAUGUAUUCCGUGAUCGGGAGCAUCAAAAUCCUGUCAUUACCUCUGACCUUCAUACUUCAAUAAAUAUGAAUCAACGAUUGUAUGUCAGAACUGUACUUGCCAGUGUGAUGCCAUGGACUGCUGCAUAUGAUGCUAAUCUGCAAAUAGUUUUAGAAGAAUGUUGGCUCAGCAACAGCUCAACUUUAACACGCCCUGACACUCCCCAUGAGACAUUAGUGAGGAAAUCCUGUGCUCUUAAUCCAUCUGUGGCUUUAGAGCAAAGGAAUCAAGAUUCUGGCUUUAGUUUCAAGGUUUUACCAGAUUAUGCCUACUUGGGAUCCUUUUAUCUGCAUUGUCAGUUGGGAAUAUGCUCUGGAGAUCCACUUCCUAGACCUGCGGUUAACAAGUGUCUGCAUCCUGGGCAUUACUGUGACAAAAUUGCCCUGAUGAGGCUGUACGAUAGCCAGCCUUCAUCAUCAUCACUACAGACACUGACCCUUGGACCAUUUGCCAUAACAGAAUCCACGCAAUCUGCUUUAUCAGAGAAGACUGUUCAGAGGAAGAUGAGUAAAAGUGGCAGCAAUAAUGUUGUUAAUGGUGGCUCUGCAAGUGGAAGCUCUACUGAUGAAAAAACCCGAAUUGUCAAUUUGGGUGGGCUGUCAACAGAAGUGGUUGUGGGAAUUGCUUUGGCUUCUUUUGUUAUAGGAGUUUGUCUCACAGCAACACUGUGGCUUAUUCACAUGAAAACAGAUCCACAUCGCCAGAAGCGUCCAGAAGGUGGAGCUCCUCGAAAUUCAGGGUAUGAUUUGUCUGCACAUUCAGGAUCAUCAACUCCAUCAUCUCAGGCUCCAAUGACAGCCUGACGGUCCCAUGGGCUGCCUCCUCUGUGGUCACGAAAGAGUAAACUCCAACAUGCACCAGCUCCCACCACCAGUUGUGUUUAACUGGCUGCUUGGUGUGUAGAUUAAGAAUGUUGAAACAUUUUAUAUAAUUGGUGUAAAACUUAUGACUUUUGAAGUAAGAUUUGAGAAAACGAUUGAAAAUGGAAUGAAUAGGCACCUACAUCCAGUUGUGACCACAUGAUGUGUGGCUGCCAUUUCAUAUGAUUUUGUUGAGUUGACUCCACCCUUUUGUGGUAGCAGGUGUGGUUAAAAAAAUAGUUUUAGAUACUAUUUGCUGCGUACUUUCUUCCUACCCAGUUUCAGUUGCUUCGAAAGAAAGAAAAGUAGCAGUUUGUGAAUUUGUUUGCUGUUUUCCUUAGAAACAUUUCUACAGGAAAACUAUUGGUAUUUGAGAUAGCCAUAGCCAUUCUCAGAAAUUUAACUUUUGUUAUUACAUAUAUUUUGAUUAACCCUCCUCUCUGUAAAUGACCACUAAGUUUUCUCAUGGAUUUUCCAGUUGUCCAUUCUAUACGAGGUAGAAGUUAAUGAAAAUUUUUUGGGAUUAAUUUCUUCCAAGAUAUUUCUUCAGGGGGAAGGUCAGCUACUCCAUCUCGUUCCUAUGAAUGCCAAACUACCAUCUAGAUGUUUUGCAUUUUAUCACCCCAGUACCUUGCACUGUAGUCAUGAGUUACACCAGAUAAUACGGGUAAACGUUUUUAUUUUUUUUAUAUGCCAUACUUUAGUGUAAGGAGUAGCUGAUUCCCACUUUUCUAUUCCAUCCCAUCUCCCCAAAAAGGAAAAUGAUCUGCUACUGUAAGCUUUAGCCAGCACUAGGAAUAGGAAUAACAGCUACUGUGGUGUUGCAUUUAGGCUGAUGUUUGACAAACUGGAAAAACCAUGGAAGCAACAGCCUUUUGCUUUGGGCAGCCCAUUAAUGUGUGCAAAUGCUGUACCAUUUCUUGCAAGUCAGAUAAAUUAAACAUAGUUUUUUCAUGGUCUGAAUGCUCAUUACUGUAAUGUCAUGAUUAUUAGUUUUGUUGUAAUAAUCACUCUUUUUAUCAUUAUUUUUUCUACUGUAUCUGUAAUUUAUACUGUAGAGAUCAUCAAAGCUUUCUGAAUGUAUACUCAGGUCCAUGACUGGUAACUUUUGUGCUCUGUUGAAGGUGCAUCUUAUUAGGUGGCAGUUGACUCUGUAGUACCUGUUGUCCCAUUUAGCUGAGAAAUUGUCCCUUGGAGUAUUUCUUUAUGAUCUUGGAAUAACAUGCUGUAUUAAUGGAGGCCAAAUUCUAUUGAGUAGUGUAUUUACCACCACGCUGGUCUGAGUGUUUGAUGCAUUCUGCAUCUACAGAUUCUGCUCUGGCUUUUUGGGUAGAUUUUAGCUUGUGCUAUCAUCAUGAUGUGUUUCUUUAAAUAGAGCUGAUACCAAGUGUUUGAAAAAAAAUUGAUAUAAAGGAAAAAACACCAAUUGUGGAAAACAAGGUAUUGCUCCCUUUUUAAUUUUAGUGCUGUCAUCAGUUAAUUGAAGUGUGGUACAUAUUACUUUUGAAAAUAUUAAAUUUUUGUAUUUUGAAUUAAAGAUCACUAGAUUUUCUCUAAUAGAAUUACCUAUAUGUAUAUGUAAUAUAACACUUCUUGUGUUAGCAUACCGUUCUGAAAUUUUUUUUUGCUUUCCUGUCCAGAAUCUUAAGUUGUCUUCCUACUAUAAAUGUUCCAGGAAGGCAUUUAGAGUAAGAAGUUUUCGUAAUUAUUUUUUGGCUUAUUUACCGGGAAGUAUAAUGAGAAGAGCGUGGGAUUGGUCCAAUAAUAUCCAUCUAGAUGUGAUGAUGUAAUUUUGGCUUACCUUUUUCUCUGUACCUGAUUCUAGUGACACGAAGUGGGCAGUGAUUUUUCCCAAAUUUAAUUGUUAUAUCAGUUUGGACUUGAACAAAAAUUAAAAAGGAAUAAAAGUCCUUGUGGAUGAAAUGGUUGCCCAUGUCACAUUUUGUUAGACUAAUGUGUGUUGUAGUGGAAGAUGGUGUUGAUUAAGCUUACUGAAAUAAGGGCUGGGUACUAUUAACAGGUAAUUAAAUUAUCCAGUACUUUGUGACUGCGAAAAGGUAAAUAGUUAUUGAUUUGUAUAACAGGCAGAAAAUUGGCUCUGUGUUGUAGCUAUAGUUUAUGUUUAUUGCAUAAAUUUUAAGCUCCUACAUCCAUGAUGAUGUGUUUCAAGUAGUUCUUCGUAGUUUAUGAGACAUUAAGAGAAAAACGUAAUAUUUUGACAAGUCAAGGAUUUCAAUAUUAGUCUUGUGUUUCCAAGGGUACUGCUUUUGUUUAUGCAUUUUAAAUUCUCAGAUGAGUUUUAUAUAAUCUCAUAUGAAUAUUUUUAGUAUAAGGUGUGUUUAGAGUCCCACUUCAAGUACUUUGAUAAAUUAUAAUACACUUUGCUUAAAUUGGUAAAUUAAUUGCACUUCUUACCAUUAUUUUUGCUCUUUUUGCAUGUUUUUGUAAUUUUCCAUGAAGUAUGCAAAGCAAAAUAAUGUAAAAGAUUAACCAGAAAAUUCUCACAGCAAAAGUGUAUUAUCUUAUCAUACUUGCCUUAUAAAUCAAUGAAAAGUCACUAACCCCUGUCAUAAUCUGUAGUAAUAAUUUUAAGUACAGUGUUUUCAAUUGCCUGUGUUGAAGGUCACAUUCUUAAUUACCACUCUGGUAAGAACAUGAGUAGCUCGUACUUACUUCUCCCAAAUGGUCAACUCAGUGGUUUGGAACCUAGUUUUCUAGAGAGACCAUUAUUGUACAUUUUAUCAAACACAACAUAAUCAUUUGGUCACUAUUGUCUUUGCAUUCAACAGCCCUUCUGUUGGAGGAUAUUAAUUAAGGAUGUUAUCAUUGCCUUUUAUAACUUGGCUCUAAGACUUGGAAUUUACUGUAAUUGAUUAUAGUUUCCAAAAUCAAAGGCAUUCUGAGUGACUGUUUUUGCAAUUUUUUCCGAAUUCAUUGUAAUAAUAUGCAUAAUUUUUUUUACUAAUAGGUAUUGUACUAUUGAGAAGUUUAUUUAGUAAUUUUUUCAAGAUUUCUUGAAACCUUUCUGUGUCAUCACCUUUAGAAAGGGCAUUAUGUUGGAAAAUAAUGAGCAGGAUACUUAAAAUUUAAAUGAAGAAAAGGGUCCCAAAAUAGUAAAAAUAUAUAUUUUUUUUAAUGCCAGUGUCAUAUAAUGAAUUUACCUUGUCUUUGUCCAUCAUCAUCAUCAUCAAUGUUUAUACAUUUGCUUUACCCUUUUUAGGGUUAAAAACAAAUCAGAUCUCCAUGUAAACUUCAUGCCUGAACUCCCAUCAGGUUAGGUCUUGAGCUAGUCCCCUUUUUCCAUAUCUACUGCUUUUCUAUCUUUUGCACAUCUGUCAAAAUCUCCACUUAGUGUUUCAGUACCCAUGUUUCUACUGUGUGUAAAAGUGCAGGCUUUUGAUAAUCAAAGUCUGCUCUUUCUACUAAUGAAGUACUAGUCUUAUUGUCAGUAGUCUAGCUCUCUCUUAAUUCACCCAAGCUGCAGCUGUUAUCCUCGCUGCCCUUCAUUCUCUGCUUCAGUCCAGUGUGAUUGCCUACCACAGCAUGGUUUUUCAUUCCCCUCUUCCCCAUUUGUGCUUGUACUUCAUUUUAUGAAUAAAAAUAAUCUCAUUAAUUUAGUCGCCAGCAUCUCUGGUGACACCAUCGGUUACAUGUGGUACACAGUACUGAGUUCAGCCCCACACUUAACAGUAACAGCUA